AUGGCCGCUACAAAGCAAGUUUUUAUCGGAAUUAUCGGUGCCGGAGGCGUUGGCAAGGCCUUCAUCGACCAGCUCCAUUCCCUUGCUGCUCGAAAGCCAUCCCCGAAACUGAACCUUGCCUACAUUGCCACGAGCCGCAAGGCCAUCUACAACGACGAUUACUCUCCCAUUAACCUCGAGAAUGUCGUUGAAACUCUCGGCUCCUCAUCCAAGGCCCCGCUCGCUCUUGCCCAGGUCGUCGAGUACCUAUCCAAAGCCCCCGCCAAGACCGUCCUCGUCGACAACACCAGCUCUCAAGAUGUCGCUGAGCUGUACCCUCUUGCUCUGAGCCGAGGCAUCAGUAUCGUUACACCCAACAAGAAGGCCUUCUCAGGAUCAUACAAGCUGUGGCAAGACAUCUUCUCAGCUGCCGAGUCAUCGGGCGCCCGUGUCUACCACGAGUCAUCCGUCGGUGCUGGUCUUCCCGUCAUCUCCACCUUGAAGGAUCUCGUUGAGACUGGCGACAAGGUUACUAAGAUCGAGGGUGUUUUCAGCGGCACCAUGUCUUUCCUCUUCAACUCCUUUGCUCCUACUGAGGGCCAGGGAGGUAAGUGGUCUGAGGAGGUCAAGAAGGCCAAGUCUCUGGGUUACACCGAGCCUGAUCCCCGAGAUGACCUCAACGGUCUCGACGUUGCCCGUAAGCUGACCAUUCUUGCUCGUCUGGCUGGCAUCCCCGUUGAGUCUCCCACCUCUUUCCCCGUGCAGAGCCUUAUCCCCAAGGAGCUCGAGUCUGUUUCCAGCGGCGACGAAUUCCUUGAGAAGCUCCCUGCCUUUGACUCGCAAAUGGAGGAGACCAAGGCUGCUGCUGAGAAGGCCGGCAAGGUUGUCCGAUUCGUUGGAAGCAUCGAUGCUGCCUCCAAGCAGGUCAAGGUUGGCCUAGAGCAGUUUGAUCGCUCGCACCCCAUUGCUGCUCUGAAGGGUAGCGAUAACAUUAUCAGCUUCUAUACCGAGAGAUACGGAAGCAACCCCCUGAUCGUCCAGGGUGCGGGCGCUGGAGGUGAUGUGACCGCCAUGGGAGUCACCGCUGAUCUGAUCAAGGUUCUGUCGCAGAUUGCGUAA